AUGCCUACUGAUGCUCAGAUCGCCGGCGGCCACAAGGCCAACUUGAACAACCCCAACACCUCCAAGGAGUCCAAGGAUAACUCCCAAAAAAUUCUCGACAACGAGUUCAACGGUGGUGACGUCCCCAAGGCCAGCGACACCAAGGACAAGAACCCAGGCAACGUUGCCGGUGGUCUCAAGGCGACCAUGAAGAACCCUAAUGUCUCUGACGAGGCUAAGAAGUCUGCUGAGGAGCGCCUCAACAACAUGUAA